AAACAGUUCCAUUAUCACCAUCAUCCACAGUUUAAACACACAACUCCAUCACCACGAAAUAUAGUGAAACCGACGGUUCAAACACGUCAUCGCCAUUUUACGACAUCGCCGAAAAACUUGCCAUUCCGUCUCCACUUGCGAAAACGAGCUUUGACUUGGCAUUCAGAAGACAUGGGUAGCAAUCAAAAAAGUACUUAUUCAUUCAAGUUCAGAAAUCCAAAGCUAGGAUUGAUUAAGGGGUUGAUCUCAGAUGUGAAAAAAAUCAGAAGGAACAACUUUUGUGUUGAGUAUGGUGACCUGUUGACUAUCAUGAACACCGAGGUGGAUGCUUGGGCCAUUUUCACUUUGGCACAAUUCUAUGAUCCUCCCUUGCGGUGUUUCACAUUCCAGGACUUCCAGUUGGCGCCAACACUUGAAGAGUUCUCACAUAUAGCAAACAUUGGUAUCAAGGAUGAAAUCCCUUACACCGGUCUAGGGGAACUUCCUACACAUCAACAAAUAGGUUCAGUUAUACGUCUAGAUAAAGCGGAAGUGAAAGCUAAUCUUGGACCAAAAGGAGGCACUUCAGGUUUCACUUUGAAGUUCUUAGUGGGAAAAGCUUCAGAUUUCAAAAGUAAAGAAGAUUGGGUCGCUUUCAAUGCUGUGUUAGCCUUGAUACUCUAUGGGAUUGUCUUGUUCCCGAACAUUGAUGACUUCGUGGACAUGACUGCUAUACGCAUUUUUUUGCUCAAGAAUCCCAUUCCCACCUUGCUUGCAGAUGUUUAUCACUCUAUCCAUUGGAGAAAUGAGAAGAAGGGGGGAUGA